AAGAAAGCCAAGAAGAGAGCAGAGGGCGCCAAUUCCAACGUGUUCUCCAUGUUUGAACAGAGCCAGAUCCAGGAAUUUAAGGAGGCCUUCACCAUCAUGGACCAGAACAGGGAUGGCUUCAUAGACAAGAACGAUCUGAGGGACACCUUUGCUGCUCUUGGGCGUGUGAAUGUGAAAAAUGAGGAAAUUGAUGAAAUGCUCAAGGAGGCUCCAGGUCCAAUUAACUUUACUGUGUUCCUACAGAUGUUUGGGGAGAAACUUAAGGGGGCAGACCCCGAGGAGACCAUUCUCAACGCGUUCAAAGUGUUUGACCCUGAAGGCAAAGGGGUGCUCAGGGCUGAUUACAUACAGGAGAUGCUGACUACGCAGGCGGAGAGGUUUUCCAAGGAGGAGGUCGAACAGAUGUUUGCCGCCUUCCCCCCUGACGUGACUGGCAACUUGGACUAUAAGAACCUGGUGCACAUCAUCACCCACGGAGAAGAGAAGGACUAA